AGCUCAUUUAUACGCCUAGUUGAGAGAAAAGUUACCCCAUAAUUAUCGUUUUUUAUCAUUCUAGGAGUACCAUAGAAAUUGCGCACGGUCUACACGCUCUCACUUUUCUUCCCCAGUAUAGAGUGUACUGACUCUACUCGAGGGAAUUACUAAAAAGUUUCACAAAUUUCCCAUUACGACUGCGAAAGCGACUUUUUCACCAUUCGUACUUUCGUAGCCUCUCCCAUUUUCCACUUUAUAUCAGCUUCAUCAAUGGCAGAACAUUCCAAACUACUAACCCCUUAUUAAACCCUCCAUUAUCACCAUCAUCUUCGUCAUCUUCUCUCUCCUCUUCAAUGGCAGCUCCGCAUUUGUUGGAGCUCAAAAUGCGAGGCCUAAUCCUAAUCUUUCUAAUUCUGGGAACUUUCCAUAAAACUCCCACAUUAGUUUAUGGGGAAGAAGAGUUCAAAGGUGAUUACAGAAAACUUUCUGGUAUUAUAAUUCCAGGAUUUGCUUCUACCCAGUUGAGAGCUUGGUCUAUUCUUGAUUGUCCUUAUUCUCCUCUUGAUUUUAAUCCUCUUGAUUUAGUUUGGCUUGAUACUACCAAGCUGCUUUCUGCCGUAAAUUGCUGGCUCAAAUGUAUCAUGCUAGAGCCUUACAAUCAAACAGAUCACCCCGAAUGCAAGUCAAGGCCUGAUAGUGGACUAUCUGCAAUAACAGAACUCGACCCAGGUUACAUAACAGGUCCCCUCUCUUCUGUGUGGAAAGAAUGGGUCAAGUGGUGUAUUGAGUUUGGGAUAGAGGCCAAUGCAAUAAUUGCUGUUCCUUACGAUUGGAGAUUAUCACCAUCAAAACUUGAGGAGCGAGACCUCUAUUUCCACAAACUCAAGCUGACUUUUGAAACUGCUCAUAAACUUCGUGGAGGCCCUUCAUUAGUAUUUGCUCAUUCACUUGGAAACAAUGUUUUUCGAUACUUUCUAGAGUGGUUAAAGCUGGAGGUCGCUCCGAAAGAAUAUAUGAAUUGGCUUGAUAAACACAUCCAUGCCUAUUUUGCUGUUGGAGCCCCUUUUCUCGGUGCAACUGAAACGAUCAAGGCUGCACUUUCUGGAUUCACCUUUGGUGUUCCAAUAUCUGAGGGAACUGCUCGUUUAAUGUUCAAUUCUUUUGGUUCUUCGCCGUGGAUGUUGCCAUUUUCAAAAUACUGUAAAACGGAUGAUAAAUAUCGGAAGCACUUUACUGAAAAGGGCAAGGAAGUUCAUCAUGCCUAUCACUGUGAAGAAGAGGAGUUUAAGAGUAACUAUUCAGGGUGGCCUACAAAUCUGAUCAACAUUGAAAUUCCUUCCUUUCACAGCUCUGAUGCUCAUCCAUCUGUUCUGGAUGUUAUGGAGAAUACUAGCAUGGAAUGUAGUCUUCCAACUCAGUUGUCCUUUACUGCUCGAGAGGUAUCAGAUGGAACCUUUUUUAAAGCAAUCGAGGACUAUGACCCAGAUAGCAAAAGGCUUUUGCAUCAGUUGCAAAAGUCAUAUCAUGGAGAUCCUGUUGUAAAUCCACUCACUCCUUGGGACAGGCCACCACUAAAAAAUGUUUUCUGCAUCUAUGGAGUAGAUUCAAGAACAGAGGUUGGUUACUACUUUGCCCCCAGUGGAAAGCCUUAUCCUGAUAAUUGGAUCGUAACUGAUAUCAUCUAUGAGAUAGAAGGAUCUUUAUAUUCGAGGUCAGGAAAUCUCGUUGAAGGGAAUCCAGGAGCUGCAAGUGGUGAUGAGACUGUAGCUUAUCAUUCCCUUUCUUGGUGCAAAAAUUGGCUGGGACCAAUUGUUAACAUAACAAGGACUCCUCAGACAGAGCAUGACGGAACAGAUGUUCAGGUAGAGCUCAAUGUAACACAUGAUCGUGGAGCUGACAUAAUUCCAAAUAUGACAAGGUCACCUAGAGUUAAAUACAUAACAUACUAUGAAGAUUCUGAGAGCAUUCCUGGAAGGAGGACAGCUGUGUGGGAGCUUGAUAAAGUAAAUCACAGGAAUAUGGUCAGAUCCCCUGCAUUAAUGAGGGAGUUGUGGCUUGAGAUGUGGCACGAUAUUCAUCCUGCAGCAAAAUCAAAGUUUGUCACAAAAGCAAAGCGGGGACCUUUAAGAAAUGAUGACUGUUAUUGGGAUUAUGGUAAAGCUCGUUGCGCAUGGCCUGAAUAUUGUGAAUAUAGGUAUGCAUUCGGUGAUGUUCACCUUGGACAGAGCUGUCGGUUAAAGGAUUCUUCAGCAGAUCUUUUGCUACAUUAUAUAUAAUAUCUGGAAUUGAUGAAGAAGGCGCUUGUUUGUGCCCACACAAAUUGACAGUGUAGUCCUGAAAUUAGCUGUUGGGAGUUGUAGUCCGGAAAUUAGCUGUUGGGAGUUGCACCCAUCUCAUUCUCUGUUGUAUUUUUGCUUAAGCUUCAGAUUGCAUAGUGAUUCUUGACAACUACUGUGCAUCGUAAAUCUUCCACGAAGGCAAAACCCAAGUGUUAUAGAAAUGAAGUAGACAUGUAGGUCAGUAGAUUGAUAUAAUUCAUUUCUGCUGUACAUAAUUCAUCUUUGUAAUAUUUUUGCUGUGAUCAAGUUUUAUUCAAUGGAUUCAUGUAAUUACAUCUAGAUAUUCAUUGUCUCGCAACUGUAUUAUUACUUGGAACUACUAUCAAAUGAACCAUGUUUUGAAUGCUUCAAACAAAUUCCAAUUAGAACCAACUGUAUUCAGCUCAUAUGAAUGCUUUGAACAACAAAUUUGGCGUAAAUGAUUUGCUAUGCAAA